AUGACCUGGGAAGUCCGUUUUAGCAACUCGCGCCAGCUGCCCUACUUCUACAACCCCGACACGCAGGUGUCGAUGUGGGAGCUGCCCGAUGGCAUGACGGAGGAGCAGGCUCGCCGGCUCCCGGGCGGCCAGCUGCUCGGCGAGGCGCAGCCCGACCAGCCGCUCCCGGCACAGGAGCAGGUGCGCGCGAGCCACCUGCUGGUCAAGCACAAGGACAGCCGCCGUCCCAGCAGCUGGAAGGAGGCCAACAUCACGCGCACCAAGGAGGAGGCCGCGGACAUUCUCAGGCAGCACCAGGCGGCGCUCGGCCCGAACCCCACGCCCGAGCAGUUUAGCCAGCUCGCGUCGCAGCACUCCGACUGCUCGUCUGCGCGCUCGGGCGGCGACCUCGGUCCCUUUGGCCGCGGCCAGAUGCAGGCACCGUUUGAGAAGGCGGCGUUUGCGCUCCCCAUUGGUGGUCUCAGCGACAUUGUCGAGACCGACAGCGGCCUGCACCUCAUCCAGCGCACCGGUUAA